AUGUGCGGGUACUUUGAUGAAUUCAGCGCCGGGCUGGCGCCGGCGUACGCGUUCAGCACGCCGUGGAGCGAGGGCCUGGUCGCGGACGCGACGUGGGUUCGCGGCGUCGGUGAUUAUAAAAAGGCGAAGAAGGAAGCGAACGCGCCGGUUUUAGCCGUCAGCGACGGGCCGGGGGUGUCGCACGCGUACAUGAGCGCGCUCGAAACGCUGAGCGGCGAGGUCGGCGGCGCGCGGGAAGUUUUCCUCUACGACCAAAGAGGCUGCGGCAAGUCAAAGUCGGCGACGGACGGCGAGGUUUACGAUUUGGAUUUAUACCUGAACGAGUUGCGAACGGUGGUGAGAGAGUUGCGAUUGGUCGAAGAGGGCGGUGCGCACGUGCUGGCGCACGGGUAUUGGGGCGCUCGUCUCGCCACGGCGAUGGCGCUCGAGCGACCGAAUUUCGCGAAGACGCUGACGCUCGUGUCGCCGACGGCGUCGCGCGCGACGGAGGUCCGCGACUGGCGUCGAGCGCUGGACGACAUAUCGCCGGAAUCGCGAAACGUGAUUCUGGCGUAUGAGGCUGAUUUGGACGACUCGAAGCGCGACGCGUACGACGCCGGCAUGCGCGAGUUUAGCUCGCGCUUCGUCUCCACGCGAGGCGCGGCGGGCGCGUGCUUUGACGUCGCGCUCGCACCGCGCACGAGUGAUGCGCAACGGCUCGCGAUCACGGGUGGUCGUUACUUCACGGCAUCCGGUUCGCUCGCGUCUGACUCGAUUCAACUCGAUGACUUGGGCUCGCGUCUCGGCGCCAACGGCGUACGAGCCGUGCGCGUCGUCCGAGGGGCGAACGACGCGGUUUCGGAAUCGAGCGCGAAGGAAAUCGUGAAUGCGAUCAACGCGAACGAUGGCGAACCGUUUUGCGCGUACGACGAAGUCUCGAACGCGGGAUCGUGCGUCUUUCUCGAUCGUGGCGAUUACUUUUACGAAUCUUUGAACGUCUGCGUCGAGCUCGCCGAAGACGAAAGCGGAGGCGCUCGACGCUUGUAA